AUGCCAACCAUCCGACGCUUUCAACCUGCCCGCGCUGCCAACGCGCAUGCGUCGCUGCACGCCGUCUUUGGUGUAGCCGAGGGGUACUGUGGCAGUUCACGGCUCCUUGCUCUGCCGCUGCGUCGUGCUGCUCUGCUGUCCACCUCACGCAUCCUGUCGACUCGCUGCCGGGACUCACGAGGCUCGUCCGUGGCCUCGCGAGCGCUCGAGGCCAAUCAACGCUGCCCCUUCUCUGAUUGGCUGGUAGAACAAAGGCAGAUCGAAAGGCACAUACGCGCUGGACUCUAUGAGACUCGACGGUGGUUACAGAGGACACAACUUGCCUGGAGAGCGCGUUCGCGGCGACUGCUUGCGAAGCAUUUUGUACGCACCUCGCCAGCAGUAAAGGUUGUUCAACUCAACCCAUCUUACCUGACCCCUGAUGAGGCAACCUUUUUCUGUCGAUCUCACCACUUCCGACGAGUCUGCGCCCGUUAUGUGGAUGGCUACGUGGAUCAAUCGUGCUUUACAACUACCACAAGUCUUCUGGUCACGGAAAGCAAACAUAAGAGAGGAUAA